UUGCAGACGGGUGAGGUUCAUAGUGAGUAUUUAACAGACAAAUCCCACACUUUGAACUGACGUAUCGAUCAUAUUUGUGGUCUAAAAUGAAGAUCUAAAAGAAACGGAAUAGUCUGAGAACACACUAUCGCACAAAAAAUGUCCAACGUGGAGUUUUACCCGUUGGAAGGCUCUCUUGUGCCUCGCAUGGAGAAGCAUUUGUUCCUGUACCGGAAGUUCGUUCGAUCGUGGCCCGACGGCUACGUCAUGAAUGCUUACUUCCCCAAGUUCCACAAGCAGAUGCAAGAUUUCGAACUGCGCCAAGACGAUAUCUUCAUCAUCACUUUCCCUCGCUCAGGCACAACUUGGGGACAGGAAUUGAUUUGGAACAUUCUCCACGGUGUUGAUCUCGAAGCAGCCAAAGAGAAACUCAUGUCACGCUCUCCGUUCUGGGAAUACGAUGGGCUCCUCCCGCCACGAGGAGUCCUGGACGUCCCAAAGGAAAUCAUGCAGUAUUUCGACAAGGAGGAUCCCACCUACCUAGGGAGGCAUUCGGAAUUCAUGGCGAAAGUUUCGUCGCCCAGGCUCAUCAAGACUCAUUUGCCUCUGUCCCUGCUCCCUGAUCAAGUCAAGGAGAGGAAGGUCAUAUACAUUGCCAGGAACCCGAAGGAUGUCUGUGUAUCCUAUUACCAUUUGUUCAGGACUGCCAGUGGGUUCAUAGGAUCCUUCGACGACUUUGUCGACUACUUCCUCGAAGAUAUGAGUGAGUGCCUUUUGCGAAGCGGUAGACUCACCACUCGUUCCUGCUUCAAAUACUUCUUUCCCGGUGCUCUUAAUUUGCAGCAAGUCAUCUAUAGGAUCUCUUCCUUCCUGGAUCGCCAGCUCACUUCUGAACAAGUUCAUCGCCUGAUGAAUCACGUGAGCUUCGAGAACAUGAAGAACAACAAAGCAGUGGCCUUCGAAAGCAAUUUUUCGGUGUUGACUCAGAAGGCGAUGAAGCUGAUCGGGACCAUCGGAAGCGGAAUCCAGUUCCUGAGAACCGGGAAAGUGGGCGGAUGGAAGUGUUCCCUCACCAAGGAUCAGAAUAUGCGCUUCAAUCGCUACAUCAGAGAGCAUUUCUCCGGCACGGGGCUCCCAUACAAACCGGACGAUAUUUGAUUGGAGUCGGGAGGAAAAACAUAUGGAGGAAGGAACGCCGUGUGCGCUGGCGCAUACCUCGCCACGUCAAAUGUCAGUCCAGUGAAUUCCGAGGAAGGACUAAGUUCAAAUUGUAGUGUUUAUUACCUGCAUUUAUAAUUUAUGCAUUUCCGAUCGCGCAAAAAAACAGGCCCAUUGUCGUUUCACUGGGUCUUUGGGACCCUCGUUGCCAACUCUGUGUACUUUGCAGGCCUACGAGUGUAUUUCAUAUGCGUUGAAAAGAAAGCAUGCCUUAUCAUCUCAUUGCCUCCUUUUUCUUAAACUGGCUUGCCAAAAAUAAAAAAUGUUAAAUACCGUC